CCGAGAGACUUUCCCGCAAGGAGAAGAUGCGCUCUGAUUCCAGCAGAAGACGAUAGACUAGGUUAAUUCUUUGUUGUCACGAUAUCUAUAGAUCAUGUUUUUAUUUUCACUUCAUGCCCAUGAUCAUCAUGCAGCUCAAUUAAAAAGGGUAUAUCCGGUUCUUCUUUUUUCCUUUUUUUCUAUCUUACUCACAGUACUUAUACUUUCGUCUUGUCACUUUAUUAUCUUCACGUCUCCGGGCUUUUUCUUACUCUGUUACGGACUUUGGUCUUCCCGGGGACUUUUGUGCAGUAUUUAUUUUCCACUACACAACAAAUUUACCUCCGGACUUAGAUAUAGGUACGGAUUAGAAAGCGAGAUUAUUUGUCCCGUGACAUGUAGUGUACACAUACAUAACUUCACCCCAAUUGUAGAUGAUAGUCAAUAGACCUCUCAAAAUGCCCACGUCUAGUACAAUAAAUGACGGAACAGCAGACUGAUCCCCGCUAAUAGUGACCUAUGCAUAAUACU